AUGGCCUUCAGUGAUCUUACUUCGAGGACUGUGCGUCUUUAUGAUAAUUGGAUCAAAGAUGCUGAUCCAAGAGUUGAAGACUGGCUCCUCAUGUCCUCACCUCUGCCACAAACCAUCAUCCUGGGAUUCUAUGUCUAUUUUGUCACUUCUCUAGGACCAAAGCUCAUGGAGAAUCGAAAACCCUUUGAACUCAAGAAAGCGAUGAUAACGUACAAUUUUUCCAUAGUGCUGUUUUCUAUGUAUAUGUGUUAUGAGUUUGUGAUGUCUGGCUGGGGUACAGGUUAUUCAUUUCGAUGUGAAAUUGUUGACUACUCACAGUCACCUUUAGCACUGAGGAUGGUACGCACCUGUUGGCUUUAUUACUUCUCCAAAUUUAUUGAGCUAUUAGAUACUAUCUUUUUUGUUCUGCGUAAGAAAAAUAGCCAAGUGACUUUCCUGCAUGUCUUCCAUCAUACCAUCAUGCCAUGGACCUGGUGGUUUGGAGUCAAAUUUGCUGCAGGUGGUUUGGGAACUUUCCAUGCCUUUCUAAAUACAGCUGUACAUGUAGUUAUGUAUUCAUACUAUGGGCUAUCUGCAUUGGGACCAGCCUUCCAGAAGUAUUUGUGGUGGAAAAAAUAUUUGACAUCAUUACAGCUUGCCCAGUUCAUUAUUGUCACUAUCCACAUAGGCCAGUUCUUUUUCAUGGAGGAUUGCAAGUACCAGUUUCCAGUCUUUCUGUACAUCAUUAUGAGUUAUGGGUGCAUCUUUCUGCUGCUCUUUCUCCAUUUUUGGUACCGUGCUUACACCAAAGGUCAGAGGCUGCCCAAAACUGUGAAAAAUGGAGUCUGCAAAAACAAAGACCACUGA